GCUCCUUCACAACCACAGGAGUCAAAAUCAACCUUUGAGCCACCAUGGGUCGUAAGGAGAUACACGGCAACUGGAAAAAAGUCAUCAACAACAUCAAGGACCUCUUUGACUUCAGAGAAGUUCUCGGAUCGGGCUCGUUCUCUCAAGUGUUCCUGGUCAGAGAGAAGGCGACUGGAAACUUCUACGCGCUGAAGUGCGUGAAAAAGAAGCUGCUUCAUCACAGCAACCUAGAGAAUGAAAUCCUAGUGCUCAGAAGCAUCAAGCAUUCUAAUGUCAUCGGUCUGCAUGACUUCUAUGAGACUCGGACACACUACUACCUCGUCAUGGAGCUGGUUUCCGGAGGAGAGCUGUUUGACCGGAUCAUUGACCGGGGCAUGUACACGGAGAAGGACGCCAGUGAUGUCAUCAGACAAGUGUUGGGGGCUGUCAGCUACCUUCACCAGAACGGCAUAGUCCACAGGGAUCUAAAGCCAGAGAACCUGCUGUACUACAGCCCUGAUGAGGACGCCAAGAUCAUGAUCAGCGACUUUGGCCUGUCCAAGAUGUCUGACCAUGGCGUGAUGUCCACUCGCUGUGGCACCCCUGGAUAUGUUGCUCCAGAGGUCUUGGCACAGAAACCAUACAAUAAGGCAGUCGACUGCUGGUCCAUUGGAGUCGUCGCAUACAUCUUGCUCUGCGGCUAUCCCCCAUUUUAUGAGGACAAUGAGACCAAGCUGUUCUCUAAGAUCAUGAAGGCAGAGUAUGCCUUCCAUUCUCCUUACUGGGAUGAGAUCUCAGAGUCAGCAAAGGAUUUUAUCCGGCACAUGAUGGAGAAAAAUCCUAAAAAACGCUACACCACAGAACAGGCUCUGUUACACCCAUGGAUCAUUGGAGACACUGCGAGUACAAAUGACAUCUAUGAGUCAGUCUGUGAGCAGAUACAGAGAAACUUCGCUCAGUCGCGAUGGAGGAAAGCCUUUAAUGCAGCGACGGCCAUCAACCACCUCAAGAAGCUUCAGCUGGCUCACGACGAUCCCCCACAUUCCCCCACGAGUGACGUCCCCGAAAUUGAGGUGGAGGACAUGAGCUGUCCCAGCACUCCCAACGGCCACCUGGACUCCAACGGCAACCCCCACAUCAGCGUGCCGCAGGGGCUGUGUCCACUCAAGCCCAGCCACACAGAGCCCAAUCAUGCCCUGGUCGUCACGGAGACCGGCAAACACGCUUACCAUUCUGAGCCUGAACUGGCCACUGCUCAGAGUGUGAAGAGAGGCACCAAUCAAAGAGGUCUACCUCUGCAGACAGGGAUCUGUUCUGUUAUGUGAUCGUCACACACUGGAUCAUGUGACUUUUGAUUGACAGCUCCUGUGGUUAAGCUGUUGAAGCUCCUGAGUGACUAUCUACUGAAGUAAACUUGAGGAAUUAUUUGGAGUUCACUCACUCCCAACACUCCACAAAAGACUCUCAGUCCACUUGAACGCUUUCACAAUACGCACUUUAACGUUUGACCCGUCACACUGCUUUUAGAGAAAUAUAAACAGUAUAAACUGUAUUUUACUGUAAAUGCCGAAGAAGGGAAGGGAAGUUUGCAGUGUCAGCAAUGCUGCACAUUCUCAAAUACAACAGAGCAUGCUCAGUGUCAGCCAGGUGUUUGAAGCUGCCGAAUGAAAAGGUAGGCUGAACUGACCUGCAUUGACCCAUAUUAUGGCUCAGAACAUUUUGGUGCUCUAUUUAUGAGUGCUUUCAAUGUCCGUUUCAGACACUGUGUCAUUCUUGUUAUACACAUCUUGAUGGCAAGCUCAUUUCCCAGGCAACAGGGCAAUCAAGGAGUGCACAAAAAUGCCUGAAUGUUCAGGCAUUUAACCAAGUAUCAGUGGCCCUCCCGGGCUUGUGACCUUAUUUUCAUAACGCUACAUACUUGCAUGUUGUAUUUGUAUCAUUAUCAUUUGUCUUCUUUGUUAUUUAUGAAUUUGUUCAUUUGUAUAUUCACACUGAGCGCAGUGACUGUUAUUUUUUUCAGCAUGGUCUAAAUAUACGUAACUCAUUGACAGGGCAGAAUGUAAGCCACACAACUGUGUGCUGGUCGAAAACAUUCGUAAUCAUGUGAGAAAGACUAAGAGGAGCAUCUUUUGUAAUGAGGGAUAAUAAUGUGCCACUUCUACAGUAAAAACUGCUGAUAGGCUUCCGCAGUUUUUGCUACUGUGUACAGCAACUUCAACAAAAAACAAAAAAAAACACGUGUGAAUGGACAGUUUUUGCACAGGCUGACAACCUGUGGCUAUCUUGUAUGAAUGUGUUUGUUUGUGUGUGUUUUUGUAUAGUGUGUGUGACUGACAGCACAGUAGAUACAUACUGCACACAAUACAUAUGGCUUCUCUUUGCUUCCAUAUGAGAUUAUCACAUACCUCUUCACCGGGGGGGAGUACAACGGUAGAGGAUGCUGAGAGUGUUUGCUGUAGUGGUACUCUGCAGAAGGCUGGACCUGUCUUGGAGCACUCCUGCUCACACUGUGGACAGAUUACAGUGCUGUACAAAUAAACUACU